ACAUGUUUCUUUAAGAUGACGCAUUCCUCUCUAGUAGCCAAUGAGAAGAGAGCUUCCGCGAUUGGCCGGUGCCCGCUGACGGUAGUUGCGUGUGUCUGCAGGCCUAAACUGAGCGUCCUCAGCACUGGUGGGAAAAGCAAUGAAUUCAUUAGAACAAGCCGAAGACCUGAAGGCUUUUGAGAGGAGACUGACAGAGUAUGUGUCUUGUUUGCAGCCGGCUACAGGUCGUUGGCGCAUGAUUUUGAUUGUGGUGUCUGUGUGCACAGCCACAGGAGCCUGGAACUGGCUUAUAGAUCCAGACACUCAGAAAGUUUCUUUCUUCUCAUCUUUAUGGAAUCAUCCAUUUUUCACUAUUAGCUGUGUGACACUUAUUGGCCUUUUCUUUGCUGGAAUACACAAACGAGUUGUGGCGCCAUCUAUUAUUGCAGCACGCUGCCGAACAGUACUAGCGGAAUAUAACAUGUCCUGUGAUGAUACGGGGAAACUUAUCCUGAAACCACGGCCUCAUAUCCAAUAGCACCUUGAAGAGAUGGGAGUGGAGAGUAUUUCAUAUCAACAUUAAUUAAAGAUUGCACAUCGGCCUCAGUGCCAGGAGGAGAUUAUCCAAAGUGUGUGGGGAUCCACUUCCCAAAUAGGACUCUAACUUCCCUUUGCAACAUAUGAAGAAGCAAUGGGAGCUCAAAAGGAAACAUUUUGAAGAAAAAAAAUGGUUUCUGCUAUUUUUAAAUAACAUCCUUAUUUUUCUUUUGGAAAAUUUGAGUUUUAUUUGAUUGUGGGUUUUGAUAUCCUCAUCUGUAAUACUGUGGUCUUAUUUUAGAUGCAUACGGUGUAUGUAUUUUUAAGUAAAUUGCUGAACACAUAAUAAAUAUUAAAGUGUAGAUAUUUGUUCACCUUAAGCUGACUUUUACAUGUAGGAAACAUUUAUGAAAUGUUUAUGCCUAUGGCAUGAUGAUGCGCUGCUUUUUGUUGUUUUUAAAGAACUUUUAUGCGACCAAAGGCUGCACUAGUUUAACAUAAAAGGGUAACAGGCAAAUGCAUCUUAAGUGAGUGUCAUGGUUGGCUGAGAUUUUAUUUACUUUCACUCCAGAGUUAAAAUCUACAAGAAUAUCUUAAAGUGAAUUGUGUUGGCAAUAAUAAAAGUUGUUUGUUGUACAGA